UAUGCUUGCGUUCACUUCUAUGUGGCAGUGGGUCGGAAUGCAGUUUCUGCUACUGUUACCAAUGGCAUUCAAACUGACAGCCUUGAGCACCACACAAACAACUGUCGAGAGGAGCUGCACAGCAAAGCAACAACUCCACCAGGAGACUCUGGUUGGUCCACCAGGCAUCAGGGAGUGAAGUAGGGAUUCCUGGGGACUCGUGUCUCUCUCUCUCUCUCACUGAUUUACCGUCCCGGUCGCGGUACCUCUGAAAACAAAGACCUUCGGACAGUAGACAAGGCAAUAAUGGAAGCGCUUCAGAAAACUUUGACUUACCGGGGCGACCAUGGUCCUUACAGAAAGCUACUUCCAGACAAGGCUAUCUAUAAUUCAGGUAAACAGCAGGACGAAUCAAAAUACGUGGAGAUAGAUGAUCUUCUUGAUAUGAAAUCGGAAGGCGCAAAAACUGUCAAAGUUACUUUUAGUACUGGCGAAGGCAGCCAGCUGGCAAUAUUUAAAUGUAAAAACGGCACAUCCACUGCUGGAAAUGAAAGCCCUGACGACCGAGAAAUGAAUGCAAAUGAAGUUAAACCCACAACGAGCGUCAGAGCAGAACAGUUUCUCACUGCCGAUCUCUCUGGCUCUUCUGAAUCCUCUGAAAUCUCCAACAACGAUGAUGAAUUUACAGACUGCCCUGAAACGCCGGUUCAGAAGCGGGGCAUCAUCUCUGGAACUGAAACAAAAACUGCACCUAAAAUGUCUAAGGCAAAACCCUCACUGGAUUGGGACAGAGAUGAAGUGGAAUACACGGAUAUCUUUUUGAACAGAAAGAAUGAGCAAGAAGGAAGCCCUAGCCGCCAGCAAUCGGACGAUUACGCAUCAAACGACAAUGAGGAUGAGACCCACUAUAUUUCAACUCACGAAAUACAGCUGUGUGAGUUAGAUGAUGAUAUUGAUUAUGACUUUGGGCAGGGGUCCUCUUGGGAUUUUGAGGACGACAACUUGGUCUAUUCCUUUGUGGAUUAUGCCUCUUUUGACAGUGAUGAAACUGUGGAAGGGACACAGAUAGAGGAUAGUGAUUGUGUAAAUGUGAAAAGCAAUCAGACUCAAUCUAAUAAUACAGUUCAGCGCGCUAGCGGAGCAGCAGUCAGCACUAAGCAUGAAAGCGAUCUAUGUGACACGGACAAAUCCGCUAGCUCAGAUGAAAGCCUGUCAAAGAACCAAAACGGCAGUGAGAAUUCUGCAGGCCAGAUUCACCUGUCAAUCAAAACCACUUCCAGGGCUAUAAAUGAGCCUAACAACGUCCAAGAAAGGGAAAAUAUUGGUUAUGAUGCCAAGUAUGAGAGAGACAUGAGCCGCUAUGUCUUAAAAAGCACUGGUGCUAAAACAGAGAAAAUCAGUGAUCGUGCGAAAUGUUUUAUUGCAGCUCCAGGACGUUUGCACUUUGGAAGUAAAUUAAAAGGUAAAAAAGAUAUAAAUGAAUACUCCAGUGGCGCAUCCAGUGCUGUGAGUGAGCUGGAUGAUGCUGACAAGGAAGUGCGUAAUUUAACUGCCAGAGCAUUCAGAAGUUUAGCUUGCCCUUAUUUUGACACAAUUAAUUUUAGCACUUCCAGCGACUCUUCAGCAUCUUUAUCAGAACAAGGCCUUGGGAUUAACAAGUGGUCAACUUUUGUUGACCUAAAAUAUGGCAAUCUGGCCCAAAGAAGCAAGCAAAACGUGGUUUCCCAUAAGAGCUCUACGUCAACUUUUGAAAUAAACAAGAAUUUGGCUAUAGGCAAUAUACAGCCACCUCAGAGUACAAACAAAGCAUUAAAUGGAAACAUUGCAGAUAGCAAAAGGAACAUUUCUUCAACAAAUGAAAUAAAAGUGAAAGGGGAAAUUGAACAAGGGGUAAUAACUUUGACUGAAACUUUAAAUUUUCGUUGCAAUGUUAAAGCGGGUGUCCCUGGAAGCGAAAGGCGUGCAAAAAUUGCAGAAAAGGUCGCAGGAUCGCGUUCUACAGAUGAAGUUACAGACACUUUGCCAAGCGAGCUGGGGGGUGAGGCCAGCAAGCAAACUUGCAAGGCAGGGGAAGCCAUGGAAGACACACACAAGAAAGCACAAUUCGCCACAAGCCUUCUGAAAAAUGUCAUCUCUAAGAAAAUGCAGUUUGAACAGGAGCGCAAAAUGGAAAGAGGAGAGAUCUCCGAAACCCCCUUUCCGGGAUUGUCACCUGGUCUGUCUUGUAAAGAGUUCGAAUUCCCGAAAGAAAAGGUAGGUGGCGAAUCAAGGGAUUUUCAAAGACAAAACUCCAGGUUCUCAGAAGGGAGUUCUGAAUUUACAAUUGUUUCAUUGAAUGAUAUAAAAGAUUCUGUGGAAAGCAAACCGUGUGAUCUCAAGGACUCGGCUCAUAAGGAAGAUGUUUUAACUAUUACAUCAGAAACUAAUUUUGAGUCCUCUUUUGAAGCGGGGUUCGAUACUAAAAAAGGAGUAUCUGAUGCAGCCAAGGGUAUGUUGCUUCGUAGCCAGAAUAGCGCAUUUAGAUCAUGGAGGGACGGUGAGAUAGAGUUUCAAAAGGAAUAUAAAAACGACGAUAAAACCCUUGCAGGGAAUUCGGCUACCUCCACAGAUAAGACGGGACUGCAGCACCAACAGAGCAGCGGGAAAUCAACUAAAAUGUCCCAACUGUUUGUGCCGAGCAUUCAGCUUGUUUCCAAUGAGAAUAAAAUAGCAAAACCACAGCAAAACAUCAAGUAUUCAACCAGGGCAGUUCCAGAUAUGGGAGAUGGAAGCAACGUUUUGAGCCCCGACACCUUGUGUGCAGCUGAUUCAGCCAGAAGCUCGGUAACUUCUAAGUCACCUGAAAUCAAAAUAAACCUGCGGAGCGUAAAGGAAAACAAACGCAACCCGUUCAACAUUGCUAAGCUGCUAACUCCUAAUAUAGGUUGCAAUGCGGCCAACCUGAUAAAGACAGCUGAUGACUCAAAAUGCCAAGCGCUCUCUGUAGCAUUAAAGGGUGAGUCGUCAGAAAAAGUGCCCCAUUUCACGGUCAGAGACAUAAGGGAUAACAAAUGCAAACUCCAAACACCGAUUCAUCAAGUCAGGGACGUGCGCAAGCUGGUUAAAAGCUCGUAUCACUUCGUUUCUCUGGACAACAACGACUCCAAAGGCUCUGCUUCUGAUCAGAACGCAGAGCAGAAAUCUAUGCAGCAGGGCCACUUCAGAAAACCGGGUUCACUUUCACCUAUAGUAAUAAAGUGCCAGUCAGUAAAUACAAACAGCAACGUGACACCAUCAAAACGCAGACCAGCUGAGGGUAUUUUGGAGGCAGACAGGGUGUCUACACCUCCUGCAGAGGGUGCCAAAAACGGAACCAUACUGGUCCACAGAACAGGCAGAGUUGCCCUGGUUACUGCAUCAAAGCAACAUAAAAGCGAAUCGUCCGAGGCGCCUGCUGGGGUGAAAAUUGAAACCAAGUCAACUAACCAGAAACCGGAAAAAAUUAUCGAACCCACAGAAAAGAAACCAGAAUCAAAAAUGGCCAAUCAGGCAGCCUUGGAAAAACUCAGAGCUGCUGUUAAAACCAUGGAACAGUUGUAUGUUUUCGACAGAAACGAGUGGAAGCGCAAAACCCAACCACAGCCAAUUACUGAUAGUCAUGUUCUGUCACUCAUUGCCAGUGAAGAGGGUCCAGAGGGCAAUCAGGAGCAGUGCGCGAUAAAAACAACAGCAGAAGAGGAGAAUGUGACUGUAAGUCCAUCGACAGUAGAAAGAUUGGUCAGGAGAAACUCUUAUCCAAAUGCAGAAAAGUCAAGUCAGCCCGCCGUUGCAGGGUCAAUGUUCGAUUUUUUGCCGAAGAAAGAAGUCAAAGAGUAUCUGAAAACGUUUCACAUUCCCCUUAACAGAGAGGACAAAGACGUGUCCAGAUCUCUUCCUCAGCAAAGUGGAGCCUUCACCAACAAAAACGUUUCCACUUUUACUAACAACCAGAAAACUUCCUCCAGAGGCAGCAGUAUCAAUGUCACCAAUAAAAUGCCUCAGCCAUAUACUUCUUCACAACCACCUUUCAGCACAAAAAGCAUUGUUCCCAAAUCUCCUAAAACCCCCAUGUCCCUAAAAAUAUCACAGGCCAAAGCUGCAUCUGUCAAAAUGGAGAAACAUAUCAGUGAAGCAGAAAAAACGCAGGCUCAUUCAACCUUUACAACAGAUUCAGAAAAUUACCUUACAAUACCAGUUAAACCUCAAACCAGCGAAGCCCAACCUACCACAACCAGUCGAGAGCAAAAUGCUGUGUACACCUUUGCAGCCACAGGAGCCAAACCUCAGACCACCAGUCCUUUGAGCUAUUUCAACCCAGCUGAUUCUAGAAGACAAGAAGACAGCAGCCAGUCCCCCAAAAGAUCUUCUGUUGUUAUGGAGACACGGUCCCCAGAUACCCCUACUGCCACCAUCUAUCAUCACUCCCUGCCAAUGGCAAUGUCUGGUGCACAGCCUCAGGUGAUUUGUUUUUCACCAUCUGUGCCGCCACCUAUAGACCAGUUCCAGCAGACACAAAGGAAGAUGCUGCUGGAUCCCACAACUGGACAAUAUUAUCUUGUGGAUACCCCCGUCCAACCUGCUACUAAGAGGCUGUUUGACCCUGAAACAGGGCAGUAUGUGGAUGUCCCUAUGCCCCAGCAGCCAAUGACCCCAGUGCCAUUAGCAUUAAGUCCUGGUGCUUAUGGUGCCACAUAUAUGCUAUACCCAGGUUUUUUGCCCACAACCGCUGGGUUGCCCACCAGGACUUUGCAGACACAGUUGUCAUCUCAUUCAGAGGCAGAUGACAUGGAUAAAAUGAACAGCAAAGAAGUAAUACAUUUGGGGAAACAAGGAGAUGUAGCUUACAUGGAAAGCCCCUACUACGUCCCCACUGGGAAAUCUGCACAGGCGCCAUCUACCAGCCAGCACAUAACAAGCGGGGGGUCAAAAGCAUUCUCUGACGGAAAACCUGUGAUUAGUAUUGUGUCACAACAAGGUCCAAGAAUAAUCGCCCCACCUUCCUUUGAUGGAACUACCAUGAGUUUUGUUGUGGAGCACAGGUAAAUCACUGGAGAUCGACUUGAGCAAGCUAUGAAGAACCACUCCCCUUUCGAUUAUGAAGACGGCUUGGUACUGUCAGAGAGAUUUAAAACAAGGCCUUUUACAUCACUGCUGCCAACAGAAUAUUGUGUGUUUUAUCAGAUUGAUUGAUUUAUCUUAAUACCCCUCCAUUUAUUUUCUUUUUUACUAAUCUUUGCAGCAUGCAGAAAAAUUUGAAACUGUGCAUUCUGACCUACUGAUUAUCUGCCAAGUAUAUCACCUUGUGCUGUUUUUAAGUAUUUAGGUGAACCUUGAAAGUUUUGUGUAUGAAUAAUCAGAAAUAUAGCAACAUAUUGUUUGAAAGAAUCUCUGCUUUCAACUGACUUGCUAACUUUUUGUACCAUCCAGACUCACUAAACCAGCCCUUUUCUUUUAUUAUUAUUAUUAUUAUUUUUUUAUCAUAAAAGAUCAUUCGUAACUUAAACAUAAUUUAACAUUUUAAUUUUUUAAACAAGGUAUUUUUUCAGUCCUAUAGUAAUGAUAAAACAUCAGUCUUUAUUAGAAAGCAUAAAUUAACAUUAAUUUUAUUAAGAAUCUGUCAAAGGAAAAAAAAAGCCUAUAUAUAUAUAUAUAUAUAUAUAUAUAUAUAUAUUAUUAUUAUUCAAGAGUCACAGAAACAAUUCUGUAUAGGAGUAUAGCUUCAGUUCCUGUUUAAUUUUGAAUGAAAGAAAAUUUAUUAAAAACAAAAUAUAAUGAUUUAUUGAGUUUAAACCCUUUCCCCACUUUUAAAGUAGUUAGAGAAAUUAUAUAUUCUUUAGAAACAAUUGCUGCAAUUUAUAAAGUUAAAAAAAAAUGAAUAACCAAAUUUAAGUGUUAAAUUCCACAGAAAAUACAGUAAAAUGGCAAGAUCUCAAUUUAAUUAUAUUGUGAUCUCGACAAACUCUCUAUUUCAAUUGUGUAAGCUUUCAAUGAUCCCCAUAGCCUACUGCAUAUUUCCAUGCUCACAAAUAGUUACAAUAAAUCCACUUUAAAUGUCCCUGUUAAUAUGAACUACAGUUAUCUGUACUAUUUUAUAAAGGGUCUUCAUAAAAGGAAAUAUACGUAUUUCCAUGUACCAGAAGUGGUUCCCAAUGUCAAUAUCUGCCUGUGUCAUGCACUGUUUGAAGUAAUGUCUACAGUAUAUAUGGGAAUAUAUCCACUGAGAUACAAUAGCUUGUUUCCAGAGGUGUCCUAUUCUAUGUUUGGGAGUUGAGGGAUUGACAACGUUUUAUUGAAGUUUGUCGUGGGCAGGAAGGAUUUAGCCCAGCCAGAAUUUGUUAACUAGUAUUGGAAUUUAACUAGGACAGUGUGCGUUAACACCCUGGCUCAUCCUUGAAAUAGCCCCUUGGGUCCUUUCAUUUCCACAGAACAGACAGAACGUUCUAAAUCCCUUUAGUUAUUUACUUCCUAUGGUGUUUGUGCAGUACAUAUUGUUGUACUGGUGACGCAAAGCAAUAAGCAGUUCAUAUGAUUAGAAUUCAUAUGAAUUAGCUCCAGGUAUGGAAUAAAAACACAUUUGGUAUGCAUUGAACAUCAUGUGUAAUGGUGCAUAUGUGGUUCAUGCAUAUUCCCAGUGUUACAGCCUCAUCUCCCUGUGUUCUGAUCUCAUUGGAUCUCAGAAACUAAACAGAGACAGGCUGGGGCAGUACUUGAAAGAUGGAAGCCCUCCAAGGGACAUUCUGCCUUCUGGGCUAACGUUUUAGAUAACGUCCUGUGUAAUCUGUGGUCAUUAGAUGCAAUGACGCUGUCUCAGAGAAGAGAACUGGGCUGUUAAACAAGUGCCUUGGCUAAAUUGCUAAAACAGGUGAUAAAAACUGCCUUGGCUAAACCCUACCAGCACUGGUUAAUUUACUAUAACAAUUUAACAAACCACUUCCCUAAUUUCCAUCAUUGGGGUCAGGUCAUAGCUGAACACAAGGCGUUGCAUAUCUCAGUGCAUCUACCAGAAAAACCAAUUCAUUUUAGCACGGAAAGCAGUGUCAAAAGAGGCUGACAAGGGGGAAAGGGACACUUGAAUAAAUCAGUAUAAAAUGAUCUUCUAUUUAAAUUCUUUGUAAACUAAACAAAUAGUUUCUGAUGUUUAUCUUCUCUCCCACUGGUUAAAGCAUCAUAGCUGUGGCCCCAGUAAUUUACUUUAACGUCUGUACAGUUAAACUACUGAACAAUCUCUAAUCCAAGCAUUUGAAACUUAUUUAGACUUUUUUUGUUGUUGUUUUAAAUGGUUUUCCUGAAUACUGCUAGCCAUGCAUUUUAAUUUUGGGAUAUAUCUUUAGUUUUUAAUUGUGACAAUUCAGUAUAAUCAUAUUAAUUUAAAAUAUUGUGAAUAUUUUGAAGAUUCAUUUUUUGAGUUGCAUAUUUUGGGUUUUGUAGGCUGCUAACAGUAUAAGGCUUUAUUUGUCAGCAAUAUGAAUUAACAGCCUCUAGUGAACUUGAUGAGGGUUAUCGGACGUACUGAACUGUUCUGAAAUAAUUCAGAAUGAAGAUUGUAUACAUAUGCACAGGCAAAUCACUUUUAAAUGACUUAUUGGAAUGAGGGAUAUUUUAUUUAGAAUGAAGCAUAUGUAAAAUCAAUAGUACAAUAAUGCUUUUUAUUACUUCAUAUAAUUUUGCCUUUUUAAUCUCUGCAUUGUGUGCUUGCUCUGAAAAUGAGCAAUGCUAUUUUUAUAAGAACUUCGGACUGAUCCAUAUAACUACAAUUUUUUAGUAAGCUUAGUUUGCUGUUUUUUUAUUGAAUACAAGCUGGUAUCUGGAACUGCUGGACAGUACAUAUACUUAAAACUGUAUACAAUUAAAAGUGAUUAUCUGUGUUGUCUGUGAUUAAAACUAUAACUUUUUACACCAUUAUAUAUUUGAAAGGAGGUGCUUUAUGAGCAAAACCCCAUAGCACAAUUUGUGGAUUUGCACAGGAACUUCUCAGGGUUUCCUUUGGCUGUUUCACUUGAAAAAAAACAUCUACAUAACAAGUUUCAUUACCUGCUAGAAUGCAGGUACAAGUUAAUUGCUAUCUAUGGAAUAUUUGUUCUCAAGCACUAUUGUUAUUAAAAGUGAGAUUUGUUCAGUAGUUUUUCGUCAGUUUCACACGUUAUGUAUGUCAGAUCUGUUGCACACCCUUUACUUCCCCUGUUUAUGUAUAAAUAUAGCAGGUUUUUAUUGUGGUCACAAGGGUUACAAAAGCUUAACGCAAAAGUAAAAGAGAAACACUUCAUUUUGAAAUUGAACUCAAAAAUGAAUUGUGUCGAGGUUUGCAUGCUGCUAAUCAAGCAAUGUUACAUUGGUAAACUUUCUCAUUUGUUGAAGGAGUGAGUUUUUAGAACUUUGUGUCAUCAACUUUGCUAGUAUUUCAUUCCUUUUCUAGUAUUUCUGACUUUAAAGCCAACCAGUUCUUCAGUUUCAACUUGCUACUGGUAUUGUUUUGUAUUAGUACUUAAUAUGUUAAUGCUUGCCUUCAGAUGUUGAAACUUGAUUUACGCUGCCGGGUGUUUACAAUUUGCUAUCUGGGUAUGUAGUUGUUCUGGAGAGAGAGAAAAAGCAAUGUGGAGAUGGUAAGAGUUAUGUGAAGGAUGUGAGUUGGGGAAGGGAGGAGUGUACUGCACAGUCCAUCUGUGAAAGGAAAGUGUAAUGAGUUGCGGUCUGCGAUGAAGCCAGAAUGCGCAGUGGUAAAUAAAUAAAGAAUGUCAAUGUUAUAACACUGCUACAACAGUGGAUGGACUGCAGAAUGAAAAAAAUAUGAAAAGAAUGGAGAUAUUAAGAGGAGCUGUGGUUGGAAAAUUGCACUAGCGAAGUGUUGCACAUGAAAAGACUUUCGGGAGACAAAGAUGUUGUAAAAAUGACAUGUAUGUACCUGUAUACAUCCUUUGGUAGCAGAGAUUAAUGGAUUUUGCAAGCAUUUGUAUGUUUUGAAGGUUGUCCAAUAAAAAAUGACUUACUUUUCCAAUA